AUGGCCGGAUCCAAUGCUGUUCCUACAAAAAUUAAUUCUCGACCUGCAGAUUUCUCGAAGCUCGGACGAAGUUGGGUCUGGGAUUUUGGGAAUGAUGUUGGAAACAAUCGAGUAGCCAAGAAAGGUCCGAGGAAAGUCGCCACGGAUGCUUGGAUGGCAACUGAGUGGAAAUGGAAGAAUAGAGUUGGAAAAGGCUGGGUUCCCAAGAGACUCUUUGGGAGGGGUACUUAUGGUGUCGUUGGUCACUGGUCAUACCAAGGUCCGGAUCGAGAUGCCAAAUCGUUGAAGGACGUUGCUGUGAAACAAUCUAUUCGUAUGGCAUAUCCUUCUGGGGGGUAUGGGUUAGAAUGGGAAGCUGCAAAUCUCCUGGAGUUGGGACAGGCGAAAUCUCAACAUAUAGUAAGGAUGUAUAGACAUUUGUAUGAGGAAGUGGGGCAGAGAACCAACGAACAUGAUAAGGGACUGGUGCAUCGCAUAUUUCUGGAAUAUUGUCCUGGUGGAGAUACGUGGCAGUGGAUCACAGAACACUUGCUAAACAACACGAAUGUGUCUGAAGUAGAGUUAUGGGCUAUCUUCCAGUGCUUGGCUCGGGCUUGUCUCAUCAUGCAUCAAGGGAGUGAACAGACGCUCCCGCUCCGGGUUGGCCGCGAGAAGAGAUGGUCCAUUUUGAUCUCAAAUUGGAGAAUGUUCGGCGAUUUUGGUAUGGCACGAAGAGUGCCGCACACCCAAAUGCCACAGUACCUGAACAAGUAUGCAGAUUUCGGGACACCGGAAUAUUUUGCCCCAGAACAAUUAAUAAGGACAGAUCACCAAUGCGGCCCAAGACCGUGGUUUGAUGCCAAUGGCAUCUGCACAGUUGUUGGUGUCCGAUACGGAAGUGCUACAAAUAUAUGA